UAUCCAAGCGCGCGCAGAUGGCUAGAAUUCAACAUGGCAUUGAUGCAGGCUGCCUCAUUCGACGCCUAUCCUGUGACACCUUCCCUAAGCGUUGCCUUCGCUUAGUUGAAAUUAAUGCGCCUAUGGUUGCGGGUUGGCAGGUGUUUCAUGCGUUUUGUAAGAACUAAGUGAAUGCCGUGACACGCGAAUGGCCGCUUGACGGUAGUGCAGUUGUUGGCCUAGACACAUGCUAACAUGAUGUAUAAAUUAUAAUGACGAGCAAGCACGAAGAAGGCGACGAGUACCAAGAGUCCAGCGAGCCCGACGACGACGAACUAGCGGAAUUAGCUGGCCUAGUACAGGAAUCGGGCAGUGAUGAGCCCAAAGAGACUGGAGACUUGGAGGCAGUCGCCCAGGCACUUCAAGAUGCGCUUACGGUGGUCAGAGCCACGCUGGCCGCGCAAGCAGAGGGCCGACAGGUGAACGCGGAGGAUGCGUUGAAGCCUACAGCAACGGCCUUCAAAAUCCUCAGAGCAGCUACCCGGCCCAGGCGCCGGCGGCUCCUGCCCGAUGUGGAGCUUAGGCAUGAUGCCACAGAGGAGGCUGAACCUGGCAGCAGGAAGCGCCCGCGUCCAGUUCCGUCCCUGCCCUCUGGCGCUGGUGGCGCCGGUGACGCCGCUGGCGCCGGUGACGACGACGACGACGACGGUACCCCUGAGCCGAGAAGGCCACGCAAACGCACGAAGCUGCAGCAGGAUAUGCGCUUUGAAAAGGACCAGAGCGUGAUCAUUGGGCUGCGGAGUGAGCUGAUGAUGCAGACCCACGUGGAGGGCGGGCUGGGGCAGCUGGCAUACUUCAACGUCUUUGCAGACGCCAAGGGCCGGCCUUUCAAGCCCACGGCCGGGCCGAAAGCGCUGGCUGAGCGUAUGCAGACGAUGACGGUCGGCCAAAUGGCUACAGAACACGGCAGUGACACGCUGGUGGUGGAUGCCAUCACUGGCGUCAUGCAGCUGUCAAUUGUCCAGCAGGCCGACACUGUUGCCGCAGUGGAUACCGGUGCCCGUACCGAGAGGUUGAACUGCUGGCUGGACAGUGCCCGCGAGCUGCAGAAGGUUGGUACCAAAAGCGUUCACCACCAGCGCUCCUUGUUCAGCAACAUGGUCAGCGCGUUCGAGAUCGCAAGGCAUUACAUGCAGGACACAGCUGCAGCUGGCGGUGGUGGCAGCAGUGGCGGUGGCCACGGCGGCGGUGGCGGUCGCGGUGGCGGCGGCGGUGGUGGUGGCGGCGGCAAUGCCGACACUGCUUUGCCAGUAGUGCCUGGCCAGCCCGCCGCACCGCCUUCCACGUCCGGCGGCAACGGCGGCCCACCGGCCGGGGCGGCGGUGGUAGCGCCGGCGACAGCGGAGGCGGUUGGUGGCGGCGGUGGCGGUCGCGGUGGCGGCGGCGGUGGUGGUGGCGGCGGCAAUGCCGACACUGCUUUGCCAGUAGUGCCUGGCCAGCCCGCCGCACCGCCUUCCACGUCCGGCGGCAACGGCGGCCCACCGGCCGGGGCGGCGGUGGUAGCGGCGGCGACAGCGGAGGCGGUUGGUGGCGGCGGUGGCGGUCGCGGUGGCGGCGGCGGUGGUGGUGGCGGCAGCAAUGCCGACACUGCUUUGCCAGUAGUGCCUGGCCAGCCCGCCGCACCGCCUUCCACGUCCGGCGGCAACGGCGGCCCACCGGCCGGGGCGGCGGUGGUAGCGCCGGCGACAGCGGAGGCGGUUGGUGGCGGCGGUGGCGGUCGCGGUGGCGGCGGCGGUGGUGGUGGCGGCAGCAAUGCCGACACUGCUUUGCCAGUAGUGCCUGGCCAGCCCGCCGCACCGCCUUCCACGUCCGGCGGCAACGGCGGCCCACCGGCCGGGGCGGCGGUGGUAGCGCCGGCGACAGCGGAGGCGGUUGGUGGCGGCGGUGGCGGUCGCGGUGGCGGCGGCGGUGGUGGUGGCGGCGGCAAUGCCGACACUGCUUUGCCAGUAGUGCCUGGCCAGCCCGCCGCACCGCCUUCCACGUCCGGCGGCAACGGCGGCCCACCGGCCGGGGCGGCGGUGGUAGCGCCGGCGACAGCGGAGGCGGUUGGUGGCGGCGGUGGCGGUCGCGGUGGCGGCGGCGGUGGUGGUGGCGGCAGCAAUGCCGACACUGCUUUGCCAGUAGUGCCUGGCCAGCCCGCCGCACCGCCUUCCACGUCCGGCGGCAACGGCGGCCCACCGGCCGGGGCGGCGGUGAUAGCGCCGGCGACAGCGGAGGCGGUUGGUGGCGGCGGUGGCGGUCGCGGUGGCGGCGGCGGUGGUGGUGGCGGCGGCAAUGCCGACACUGCUUUGCCAGUAGUGCCUGGCCAGCCCGCCGCACCGCCUUCCACGUCCGGCGGCAACGGCGGCCCACCGGCCGGGGCGGCGGUGGUAGCGCCGGCGACAGCGGAGGCGGUUGGUGGCGGCGGUGGCGGUCGCGGUGGCGGCGGCGGUGGUGGUGGCGGCAGCAAUGCCGACACUGCUUUGCCAGUAGUGCCUGGCCAGCCCGCCGCACCGCCUUCCACGUCCGGCGGCAACGGCGGCCCACCGGCCGGGGCGGCGGUGGUAGCGCCGGCGACAGCGGAGGCGGUUGGUGGCGGCGGUGGCGGUCGCGGUGGCGGCGGCGGUGGUGGUGGCGGCGGCAAUGCCGACACUGCUUUGCCAGUAGUGCCUGGCCAGCCCGCCGCACCGCCUUCCACGUCCGGCGGCAACGGCGGCCCACCGGCCGGGGCGGCGGUGGUAGCGGCGGCGACAGCGGAGGCGGCGGCGGCUAGGUCUAAGUUAGUCGCGCACGGCGUGCAGGGCCUGCAAACGCCGAAAGCAGAAGAGCGCAGGAAGCUGUACGACUGCCCAUUGCUGGCGGCUGUGGCGACUAUGUCAGGGAACAAACGAAAAGCAAAUGUGAUGGCACCGGCCUUCACGCUGCUGGCGGAGGCUAUCCGGCGUGACACCUUCAUCAUGAGGGUCGUAUACGACAAGAUGCUGCAACUGCUGGACACCAACGGCGAAGGACAAGGCGGCGGGCAACGUGGACCACGCGGACAAGCCGCGCCACAAGUCUGGUUGCGGGACACCGUAGCUUUAAAGGAGAUCCGAGAAACCUUCUACGUGCCUGGUCAUGUGCCGGGGUCCGCAAUGCUGGAGAUUCAAGCCGGGAAGGUCAAGGACGUGGCGUGCAACAUGAGGCAGCAAAAGCGGGCCCGUGGUGCUGCCAAGGCCGCCAACAUUGCAGCGGCAGGGCGGCGAACUGGAAGGCGCAGGGCGCAGGUGGACACUGCGGCAGCUGGAGAUGACGGUGAUGUGGCGGCGGCAGCUGGAGAUGAUGGUGAUGCUGUGCCGCCUGCACCCGCCCGCCGACGCUACACCAAGCGGGGUGCUGCAACCGCGGCUGGUGCUGUACCCAAGAGGCCGCGGAGCGAGAAGCCGCACGAUUUGGCGGCCGCCGGCACUGGCACCGCCGGCACUGGAGGUGCUGCUGCAGGUGCAACAGCUCGCGGCCAGCAGGCGGCCGCAGCGGCGCCCUCAGCGUCUGGUGCAGAGCUGUGUGUCGGGGAGCCGCAGCUGCAGCUGCGACGGAGCCUCCGCGACCUGCAAGGCAGCCAGGCGCAGGGGUCACGCAGUGUUGACGACCAUUCGGCGAGGGCUGGCGGCGGCGGUGGCGCGGGUGCCGCCGGUACGUCAGCGGCGCGCGGCGGUGCUGCCACAGCCGGCGGCCGCGACGCUGUUCAUGUUGAGGGCAGGGCGGAGGACGGCGGUCAUAGGGUGGUGGUGAAGGCUGCAGCCAGGCCGCAGCCGCCCACGAAGGGUGGUGGUGAAGGCCGCAGCCGGCAGCAGGCGGCCGCAGCGGCGCCCUCGGUGUCUGGCGGCCCACAUGACGGACAGGCGCAGCCCACGACGUCACAAGUGGCGGCAUCCCAAGGAACGCGCCUCUCGCAGCGCCUGCGGAAUCAGGAGGCCCGCAGGAAGAAAGAAGCCCACCAGCAAGCCGGCUUGCCCGGCAUGCCGGAGGCCGAGGAGGACGGACGCGAAGGCGGCGAUGACAACCGUGGGCUUGGCGGCGCUGCUACUGCCGCCGCUGGUGGCCCCAACGCCGCGGUGGCUGAGGGCAGGGCGGAGGGUGGCAGCAGUGGUGGCGCAAACGGUAGCGCUGCUCGUCAUAGCCUGCAGCAGGAGGCUGCAGCACCCGCGCCCUGCACCGCAGCCCGCCGAGACCACGGCGAGCCAGUCCGCGCAGUCGCAGCCACCAGUGCACGUGUGGCAGCUGCUGCUCACCGACAGGCGACCGCGGGGGCCACGACCACGCAGAGCCGCGGUACCGCGCCAGCCCUCCAGGCGGAUUUACAGGAGGCAUGGGUGCCGGCGGCUGGCAUGAAGUUCGUGUAUGUCGCUGAGGCUGCUAAACCCGAUGACACGCUUGUCGUACGUGUGGCCCGCGGCCCGCGCAAGGCGCAGCCCACGACGUCGCAAGUGACGGCAUCCCAAGGAACGCGCCUCUCGGAGCGCCUGCGGAAUCAGGAGGCCCGCAGGAAGAAAGAAGCCCGCCAGCAAGCCGGCUUGCCCGACGUGCCGGAGGCCGAGGAGGACGGAGAAGUCCGGCAGUCGCCCAAACGUCAGCGCGGACCGGCAGGCUGGCUGCAUCCCCGUGGCCCUGCCGAAGGCGACGAUGACGACCGUUGGGCGGGGGCUGGCGGCGGCGGUGACGCGGGUGCCGCCGGUACGUCAGCGGCGCGCGGCGGUGCUGCCACAGCCGGCGGCCGCGACGCUGUUCAUGUUGAGGGCAGGGCGGAGGACGGCGGUGAUGAUGUUGGCGGCAAGAAGGGUGGUGGUGAAGGCCGCAGCCGGCAGCAGGCGGCCGCAGCGGCGCCCUCAGCGUCUGGUGCAGAGCUGUGUGUCGGGGAGCCGCAGCUGCAGCUGCGACGGAGCCUCGGCGACCUGCAAGGCAGCCAGGCGCAGGGGUCACGCAGUGUUUACGACCAUUCGGCGAGGGCUGGCGGCGGCGGUGGCGCGGGUGCCGCCGGUACGUCAGCGGCGCGCGGCGGUGCUGCCACAGCCGGCGGCCGCGACGCUGUUCAUGUUGAGGGCAGGGCGGAGGACGGCGGUGAUGAUGUUGGCGGCAAGAAGGGUGGUGGUGAAGGCCGCAGCCGGCAGCAGGCGGCCGCAGCGGCGCCCUCGGUGUCUGGGGCUUGCGGCGGCCCACAUGACGGACAGGCGCAGCCCACGACGUCGCAAGUGGCGGCAUCCCAAGGAACGCGCCUCUCGGAGCGCCUGCGGAAUCAGGAGGCCCGCAGGAAGAAAGAAGCCCGCCAGCAAGCCGGCUUGCCUGACGUGCCGGAGGCCGAGGAGGACGGAGAAAUCGGGCAGUCGCCCAAACGUCAGGGCGGACCGGCAGGCUGGCUGCAUCCCCGUGGGCGUGGCCCUGCCGAAGGCGACGAUGACGACCAUUCCGCGAGGGCUGGCGGCGGCGGUGGCGCGGGUGCCGCCGGUACGUCAGCGGCGCGCGGCGGUGCUGCCACAGCCGGCGGCCGCGACGCUGUUCAUGUUGAGGGCAGGGGGGAGGACGGCGGUGAUGAUGUUGGCGGCAAGAAGGGUGGUGGUGAAGGCCGCAGCCGGCAGCAGGCGGCCGCAGCGCGCGCUGCCACAGCCGGCGGCCGCGACGCUCCUCGUGUUGAGGGCAGGGCGGCGGACGGCGGUCAUAGGGCGGUGGUGAAGGCUGCAGCCAGGCCGCAGCCGCCCACGAAGGGUGGUGGUGAAGGCCGCAGCCGGCAGCAGGCGGCCGCAGCGGCGCCCUCGGUGUCUGGGGCUUGCGGCGGCCCACAUGACGGACAGGCGCAGCCCACGACGUCGCAAGUGGCGGCAUCCCAAGGAACGCGCCUCUCGGAGCGCCUGCGGAAUCAGGAGGCCCGCAGGAAGAAAGAAGCCCGCCAGCAAGCCGGCUUGCCUGACGUGCCGGAGGCCGAGGAGGACGGAGAAGUCCGGCAGCCGCCCAAACGUCAGGGCGGACCGGCAGGCUGGCUGCAUCCCCGUGGGCGUGGCCCUGCCGAAGGCGACGAUGACGACCGUUGGGCGGGGGCUGGCGGCGGCGGUGGCGCGGGUGCCGCCGGUACGUCAGCGGCGCGCGGCGGUGCUGCCACAGCCGGCGGCCGCGACGCUGCUCGUGUUGAGGGCAGGGCGGAGGACGGCGGUGAUGAUGUUGGCGGCAAGAAGGGUGGUGGUGAAGGCCGCAGCCGGCAGCAGGAGGCCGCAGCGGUGCCCUCAGCGUCUGGUGCAGAGCUGUGUGUCGGGGAGCCGCAGCUGCAGCUGCGACGGAGCCUCGGCGACCUGCAAGGCAGCCAGGUGCAGGGCUCACGCAGUGUUGACGACCAUUCGGCGAGGGCUGGCGGCGGCGGUGACGCGGGUGCCGCCGGUACGUCAGCGGCGCGCGGCGGUGCUGCUACAGCCGGCGGCAGCGCCGCUGCUCGUGUUGAGGGCAGGGCGGUGGACGGCGGUGAUGAUGUUGGCGGCAAGAAGGACGAAGUGGACCUGAUGGACUCGGAUGACAGCAUCACUAGGCCGCCCCCCCUGCCGGUGUACCGCGCUCCGUACGUGGACUUGACCGUGUACAGCCCCGAGAAGAAGGCAAGCCAGACGGUUCAGUCCAACAUCGAGAUGGCCAAGGAGUUCAUCACCCAGCAACCCCCAACAUCUCGCGGGUACAGCCGCCGCAUCAGUACCCUCUUCAACACCAUCAACAACUUCACGACCCACAAAGAGCUCGACGAGCCCUGCAACGCCAUCAACAAGCUGUCGCACGGCGAGGCACUAUCACUACUGCACCCGAGCAUGAUGACGUCAUCGUCCAUGCUGGCCGUCUGUCGCACAUUCCGCAUCAAGUACAAGAACACGCUCUUCAUCCACCCAGAAUGCUGGAACUACAUCGCGCCGACUCAGACUGGGUUUGACCCGGUGACCAAGGACGGCGGGUCCAAGCUGUACAAUGUCCUGGGCAUAGAAUCGCUCAGGAGCUUUGACAGCAUCGAGGUGGUCGUCGGCAUGCCUCUGCACUGGGUCGUGGUGUCCAUCCAGGUCGCUUCGGGCACCAUCGCGCUGUACGACUCCAACCUGUCGCCACUAGGGGAGGAUGACGAGGUGGAUGUGGCGGAGGCUGGGCUCACAUGGCCUGACGAGGAUGCGCCGUGCACGCAGCCGGACGUGCUUGUGCACCGGUGGCUGCAGACGGACGGCAGCUUCCCCGGCAAAGAGUGGCACCGGCGCAGCUUCCCGUUUCCGCAGCAGCCCGAUGGGAUAAGCUGCGGCCUCUACGCUGUAGAGGGCAUGCGCGCCCGUGCUCUGGCCGGCGGCGGCGACCCAGACUACAGUGCAAUCAAGCGACCGCCACGAGUGGGCGCAGACGGCAAACGCCGACUGCAGCAUGUGUUGGAUAUGGAGUACAAGAGCAAGUUGCACACGCAACGGCGCGCCCUGCUGGAUGAGUUGGUGCGCUUCA